GACGGUGGCGAGCUAGAGAGGCAGAUAAACAUGUACCAGGCUGGAAAGCCGGAAGAAAAUCGUUCAUGUAUUGCUACUUGGCACUGACGAGGGUCUGAGCUCGCUGCUUGACCGCCGGGCAGCUAAGCCGCUUCUACUCCGACACAGCCUGCAUUUCUCAGGCAAAUUAGGACAUUUUACCCAGGAAGUUUAAACGACGAUGAGCGAAUCGCAUUCAAGGAGAUCACCUUCUCUAACAUGAUUCAGUCUGCCAAAGCUAUUCUGCAAGCAAUACCAAAUCUAUCAUUAUCACUUCACCCAGAUAAUAAAGAUAAAGGCCAUCGUGAAUACAUUAUGGGGCUCCCUAUGAGUGUUACCUCCUCGACAUUACCAAAGGAGAUAUAUGAGGCAAUUACGGGGCUCAGGAAGGAUCCUAAAUUUCAAGAAGCCAUGGUGCGCUGCAAUGAGCCCGAUUACUUCCACGGAUCUCUGCUUGUGACUACCUGCCGACAGGUCAAGAUAUUUUACGCUUCGGGGUGAAUCCGACCCAUUAUUUCGUCGACGUCUUGACGUAGCGGGUUAUUUCUUUGUUGCAUUAUGACCGGGUCCGUAGGGAGGACUCCAAGUCAGUUCUCCGUUGACGCCAUGCUUGUUGUUCGCCUGAAACCUGACCCCCACCCAGAGUCGAAUGGCCGAAUUGGUGGCUCUAUUUGACUCAAUAUGUAACUCCAGAUAGC